AUGAGCAAAGAAGCGGAAGACGAAGAGAUCGAAAUCUUGGACAGGAUCAUCGACCAGUUGUCGAGGCGUGCGAGGGAGAUGAGUCCCAUCGGCACUAGCCCGCUGCCAGCAACGAAAUCAGAGAGGAUGGAGAGUGAGUCGAACAAGAAGCUCACGCUUCAAGUGCACAAACUGCGGGAGUUGCUCAAGGAGAGGGCAUCGCUCCACCGACAGGAGCUGUUGGAGUUGAAGUCCAUGCACCAGAGAGAGAUCUCAGACAUGGCAGAGAGACACCAAGAGGAGGUGGAGAUGCUUGAGAGCGAGUUGGACAGGAGGGAGAACGAAGUUCAGUCGCUGCAGGAGGCUUUGAGGUGGAGCACCAACACCAAGAUAUUGAGCGUCUUGAGCAUCUUAUAG